CGCAGUCCGCGCGCUACUUCGUCCCGAGAUCGGGGCGCGAAUAAACAAAACGGCAUGUUGUCACAAAAUGCUCGUGGUGGUCGCGAUCGAGGCGGCCGAAAGGACCAGCGCAACAAAGCGGACUCUCGGGAUCGACGGGGGGGAGGAACCAACAUGGAGCACAAAAAUACUUUUAAUCGCAACAACAGUGUACAAAUGCGCAAUGACGGAACGCGUGGCGGCUUUCGUGAUCGCAUGAUGAAUCAAAGAACUCAGUCAAAGUCUCCCCCGCCCGGUGAAAAUAACCGCGCACGAGAUCAUCGCAAGGAUCACAGAGGGGGCGGGAGGGACGUCGCGGCGAGUCCAAGGAACAAGAAGAGGUCCAAUUCUCGUCCUGGAAGAGGUGGAGGUCGCUUCAAUAGCAAUCAAAAUACUUCUUCUAACCGGGAGCGUGACGGUGGACCACAACGUAUGAGUCGAGAGCGAGAUCGCCGCCGAGAUGGGAAGUCUUCUCCUGGACGCGUAGGUGCUGGGCGUGACAAUGUCAAGGCUGGUGCGCAGAGGCGCGGAGAACGCGGUGCCCGGUUGGACUCGCGUGAACAACGGCGAGCACCAGAUGCGGCCUUCUCUCGUGAUCGUUCUAGUGAUUCUCACGGUCGCGGUUCGAAACGACGGAGCACAAGUCGUGGUCGACGCUCAGGGACCGACAGGAACAACGUUGGUCCUCGUAAAAAUUCCAACGGCAGGCUCGACAAAAAUGGGAAGCCGGUGCGGACUUUCGUUAUCGAGGAAGAAGACAGGGCCGAAGGGUCGUCCCCCAAGGACAGCCCCGUCGGUGAAAGCGGAAGCAGAAGUCGUGGGGCAUCGCCGAAAGAAGGCACAGGAACGCGAGGACCGGGAAAUUUUGGCGAACGCGCCCCCGUCGGGGCGGAUGAAGGCAACAAGGACCGCGGACAGAAAGUGCAGGAAAACGGCAGCUCGUCGUCCAGUUCUUCGUCUUCGGACGAUUCUUCGUCCUCAGAUGACGAUGGAAAAGAAGCCGAGGCAGCGAUGGACGCCGCAGCAGCUGCCUUGAAUCAACAGAGCGCCGUCGGUGCUGGUGCUAGUCGCGUUUUUCCGGCGACAAGCGCUACAACUUCCACAGGUGGUACUAUUCAUGCUCCUACUACAACCGCAGCUUCGCAGCAAGAUGCAAAUGUAGGACUUGAUGUUGCGCAACAGACCCAAUCCAACGCCGCCAGUGGAGGUGCGCCCGGGCAGUACCAAAAUCCCCACGUCGGACCACCGGUGUUGCCACGAGUGGGAUCUUCUGGCUCAGCCUCGGAAGAUCAUGCCGCGCAACAGGCACGGAAGGAUAAGGAGCGGGCUGAUGGCUGUACUUUCGGCACCAGGGCGGUAGCGCUGCGGACCCGAGCGCAGUGCCAGCAGACGUUGCGGGGGUCCCCAAACAGUCUGAGUAAAGGCGAUGGAGACGGACAGCAGGUGGGAUCCGAUGCUGGGUCGGACGUUAUCCAGCGGCCUGCUUUUGUCCCGGGAAGUAAGAAAGAUGGCGCAUUGAUGAAUAAGGGAAGCGGAAAGCAAUGGCUAGAUGCGCCGCGGCAGAUGACACGAGCGCGAUCCGUGCGCGCCGAUCGGAAGGCCCGCAUCAUCACCGACUCCCGCGAACGAAAGGGAGGGGGGCGGUCCCCAAUCGCCGCCAAGACCAACCAAAAACAAAAUGACAAAUCGCGGUCCCCUGUUGGGCGCGGCUCCACGGGGAAGACCGAUACUGGAAUGGCGUCCUCGACUGGUCACCAGGAGACGAAAAAUAAUCCGGCGGUGAGCAAUUCCACCAACCUGCCAACUAGUACAUCGCACCGUGCCCGGGACUCGCGAAAUGACAAUCCCGACCGCGAUGAGGACUUGAUUUCAUCGUCUGAAAGCGACGGUGAAGCUGCCGGCGCACAGAAACAGGUGGCCCAGAACAAGACCCAGGUUGGCGGGGGCCAACAAACCGGCGGAAUUGGCCAGCCACAGUUUGCUAAAGCAGCUCCACUGGGCCCCCGAGCUGCAGUUGGCACUCGGCAGAACAACAGCGUGACCGCACCUGCUGCGCAAAAAGCAACCAUCCCUGCUCAGCCACCGAUCACCGAACAAGGACCGCCACAAAAACAAGCUCCGGCUCUGAUUCAAGGCCCACAGCCACAGAAUGCGGAGAAUUCCGGUAGCGACUCAUAUGGCAGCAAACACCCUUUGUGAUUACCGUGGACAAUGCACCGCGGCUGCUUCGCAUGAGCAUAUGGGCAGGAGCUAGUUAUAGAAAAAUUAUGGCAGUUCUACUAGUUCUGCUACAACUGCUUUGGAUUCUGUAAUGAUCCCACAAGAUUCUGUAACGAGUUCAUGCAACAGUAAGGCGCCGCAUGUUUACAUUUUUUAUACCGGUGAAGGAGGAGAACUGCAGCUGUCACUCUCUCUGCUACUGUAUUUUUUUCGAAUUAUGCAGCUCCCGAUGAUGCAGCUUCAGCGAAGUGCUCUAGCUCUUCCAACAUGAAAGUCGCAGUGCCGCGUCUGCGGUUUUUUCUUUUGCAUAGUGCGUCGGGUUCUUCUUCGAGCGACGACGAUUCCUCUGACCAAUUUAUCUCGAGCAAAAACGCCGGCUCCGCAGGAAAAAAACCCAUACUCGCACCUGCUGCAUCGACUAGUGCCCGCCCUUUGGUUUCCGUUGGCAACAGAGUCAACCUUGUUAGCGCGUCUAUUGGCAUUGGCGGAAAAGGCAAGACUGGAAUAAACGCGGCUGGUCCAAUGGUCGUUCCGGCGCCUCCCGCUCCUGGGGUAGUUGCCACGGCACCUGCGCCUGUCGUGGAGGGUCCGUCACCUGCACCUGUCUUUGGUCCGGCGCCUGCUCCCGGUGAAAAUAAAGCCGGACUCACUGCGAAGAUGACAGUCAGUGCCGCAGCGACUUCUGGAGCGUGCGUUGCAGCUUCCGCAGUCAAGAAUCUCAACGCAGCGAAAAUAACCGAACAACAGAAUAAACUACAGAAGGAGCAGGUGCUGCAAGGAGGACAACGAUCAAAAGCAGUUGCGCCAGCGCCGCUGAUGGCAGCGGGUCCUGUUCAACAAGGCCCUCAGCUGCUGCAGACAGGUGCGAUCGACAAGCAGAAGCUGCCAUCACCGUCUGCACUUCAUAGUGCCUUGAACAGCGAGAUCACCAAAAAAGGAGUACAGCCUGCAGAAGCAAAGCCAAAUGCGCUUCAACCAGUAGUCAAGAAAACCCAAGAGGACCAAGAUAAGCAGCAUCAAGAAGAGAAAAAGUCCCCAAGUACUAGUGGUGCAACUGGACUUGCUCCAUUCGCAGUACCCGUGGCGGCGAAGAAGGAAGUCGGAACUGCAGAGGCGGUUGCUCAGGUGGAGUCGCAGGCGAAAAAGGCUGCUGCUGUAGCGGAACUACAAUCUACUUCCGCAGGACCUGCGCCCCGGGCAGCUAGUUGUACUGGUGAAGACAAGAAAGACACACGAAUCGCCCCGGCUGCGGCUUCGAAAGAACCGGAAGCGCCUUUGGUCCCUGACGGUAAAACGGUGAUCGAGAAUCCCGAGCCCCUUCCUGUCCCUCAGGUUAUUUCCAGCGCUGGUGCAACGAGCACUGCCCCUGCCGCCAGGAGCAACGAGAAAAAUGCCAAAGCGGAAUCUUCAAAGGAGCAAGCAGUCUUCGGCGCGAAGCCGAGCACGGGCGGGGCCCCAACGAACAAGCAGAAUGAUCAAGGGGCCUUUGCGUCUGUUCGUACGCCCCCACCUCCGAAGAAGCCCGUAACCCAUACGGAGCAACCCGGAAGUAACGAGAAUACCAUCGAGGACAAACCUUCCGCAGACAAGGACGAUGAAAAAGCGAAAACUACUACAGUUACCCUUGACAGCACGACUACCACCUCCACCCAGGACGGCGAGCAGGCGAAGCAACUACUCGGAACAUCAACGAGGACCAAAACGCUGAUGAAGAGCGCGAGUAAGAAACCAGCAGGCACGACCAACAUGGCUGCGGCCGCUGCUUCGAAGAGCGGUAGCCUUUGUCUUUCCAGUCUUGCGAAGCCCUGUAAUAUGGCCGAAAAGUCGGAUGCUACGAAACUCGAGGACGAAGAACAGCACUGGGCGAACAUCCAGACACCGCAGGUAAAUCCUGUACAACGAGCUGCGUACGUGGUCCCGCCCAUGAAAAUGGCGUUUGGAGGAGGUUUGGCUCCCCUCCCAAGCAGCAGAGCAGCGAAAGCCGGCGCGACGGCAGCCGCUUCACCCGCCGUGACAUCGAAAACAGAUGAUGCAAACGAGAAGCAGGACAUCAAGCUUAAUACAGCUCUGACGGAGAAGAAGCUACAGUCUGGUACAACUUCUUCUACCGGUGCUGAAAAUAUUAAAGUGGGUAGUACUUCUGCGGCACCUGUGGAUGUGUUGGAGAACAAAGAGAAAGCGAAAUUUCCAGGCGCAGACUCGGAGUCGGGUAAUCAAAUUCAAGCGAAAGGUGGUGGACAACUUGUCUCGAACCUUCCAGCCACCUCUUCUACCCUCACCAAGCUUCCGGAGGAGGAUAAAUCGAAAUCUUCCGUUGGAAAACAACCAGUAGACAAAAAUAUUCCACCGUUGACGACUCCGGACUUGAAUAAGGAUGGCAAAAUCACGACCUGCACGACGUCGACAGCUGCAGUAGUGGAACACCCGAAGGCUUCGCCGCCUGCGCACGCGAAGCACGUGCCGAAGCACACAGCAAAGGUUUCCGCAGCCGCUCCGAUGCUGGGAAGGACGAACAGCACGGCAUCGUCGCCGGACGAGCAUAAUAAAGUACAGGAGCAGCUACCGGUCGCCCAAGCGGUCAGUAAGGCUAAAGCAGUUCCGGGUGGAGGAUCCAAGAAGCCCGGCGGGCCCCUACUGGGGAGCGAGGAUGUCGCCGCGACAACUGGUGCUGGAGACAAAAAAGUAGAGGCGACCACCCCCACAGGACGCACGGCACCACCAGCUCCGGCAGCCGCACAGACGGGCAGUAUUGAUGAAGUAAACUCCGCGGUGGAGAAUAAAUCGGGAAAUCCGUCGACAGUCAAAGCGUAUCUAUAAAUUUUCAAGCGAAACUUCCGAUCCGUUCUUUUGAUUGCUCAGUGACGCUGCAUGUUCUAGGAGUUGCAAGCUUGCCUUAAUAUGAGGAUAAUGAUCAUCCAAGUAGCAUCGAUGUUUAUUCAAGAUGAAGACGAUCACAUCAAGGACAAGGACUGAUUUAACUACAUCCAUGGAAAUAUUGAAGCUGAAUGAGAAAACAGAAUGACAUGAAUGAAUAUUGUGAAAAAAUACAACUCAGGGUCCAGCCAGGCCCGACUCCGGGACUUCAGCAACUUCCGAAGCAAGCACAGCCGGCGGAUCGGAAAAACAGCAACGACUCCUUGAUGCGCGGGAACAAGGACAAGGUGAAGAACAAGGACCAUUGGGGCGAACCGAUGAACAACAAGCCAACUACGAUUGGCUCCCAGCUUUUCGGCGCUGGCGCACCGGGCCCUGGCACAACCACAGCUCCUGGUACUAGUGCUCAGCAGCCGGGCAAUCCGUUUAGUCAGCAGCAGAGAAAGGCUUCGCACGAACUCGACAUGAUGGGAGGCGGACCUGCUGGUGCGAUGAUGGGCAGCACUGGUGAUACUAGCAAUCAAAACAUGAUGCAGAACUGGAUGAGUCAGCAGAUGGGCGGACACCAGUAUGGCAGUCAAGGUCACCAGCAAGCGGCGGGCUACAACAUGCAACAGCAGCAGAUGCACCAGCAGUAUCAUGGCAACAACAACUCCUCCUGGGGACCGGGAGGAGGGGGAGGCGGCAAGGGAAACAACAAUUAUCAACAGCAGUACAGCAAUUCUUGGAAUUGGGGUGGCACUGGAGGCGGAAAGGGAAAUAACGGAAAUAAUUACCGUAACAACAAUUGGGGCGGAGGUGGCGGAAAUCACGGAGGCUUAUCACAUUUGCAAAUGUGUCUGAGCCUUCCUGGAAGGUUGCGAAGCCUUUUGUCAUGCACAUGCUUGUCUAAAACAACAAGACUGGAGAGUUUGCGAUCGUCCACAGAUAACGUAAGAAAUAAGGGCACCAUCGUAUUCAUUUUUUUCUGCAAAAACGCAGGGUGUCAACUACAACAUGUGGCAUUGAUUAUACGCAUAAGCAUAACGCAGGCGCUCAUUGCUAUAGUCAGCUGGGUAUUUUUGCAGUUCGUUCAUCAACAUUCGGAACAAACCAUGCACGAACAUUCCAGAACCUCCAGACAUAUUUUCAAUGCAUAGGGCUAUGCAGGUGGUGGCGGGAACAACAAUCAUAACAACUGGGGCAAUAAUGGCGGUGGACAUAACAAUCGCGGUGGCGCAAAGGGCAAGGGCAAGGGUGGUGGAAGUGGCGGAGGCGGGGGCGGUGGAAGGAACAGAAACAACAAUAACCGAAGCGGCAAUAACAACAACAGAAACAACUACGGAGGACGAGGAGGUGGGCGGAAUCACAACAACAACAAUCGGGGCGGCGGUGAGGGAUACUAG